AGGAGCGCUUCAGGUACUUUAAGACUCGGCAGUUGCCAAAGAAACUUCUUGGUUAGCACGACAUGACCGGUAUCGUCGAUUUGUAGAACAACAUAAAUAGUUUAAUCUACUCCGCUGAAAAUCACACCUGUUUCAGGGAUCCUGUCCACUGCUAUCACCAGAGAAAGAAAGCAGCGUGUCUGCUUCCACAGGACCUGCAGAGGCCUAGUGAUGGAGGAGAAGCCUGGCAGCCCCGUGGCUGCAAGGACCGAGGAACAGUCCCAGAGCAUCCUUUUCACCUACUUCCAGGGUGACAUCAACAGUGUGGUGGACGAGCACUUCUCCCGUGCCCUCAACAAGGCCAACAAGCCCAAGGACCUCAGCACCAAGAACAAGAGCAGCCGACGAAGCCCCAAAGCUGAGGAGCCUACUCCAGCGCAAUGGGUUUUCCCUGCUCCUUCCUGGUCGGAGGCCGGCUUCCCCCCCAGCUCUGCAGGACGGCUCCAGCUCACAGCAGCAGAUGACCCGCACACACACCCUGGGGUGAUCACAAGCUCCAGUGGCCAGCCGCCCGCUCUGUGGUCCUUUGCCCCCAGGCCGGGCGACAGUUUCGGACUCCCCACAAUGGUGUAUCCCCAGCCUGUGCCAGCCGAGGGCCCCGGGGCAGUCGAGCGGCAGUACGCCAACUCCUUCCUCAACCUGCUGCACAGUGACCGGCCAGUGGGUGGCGCUGCCAUGGCUUCAGCCUCCAAACCAGAGCUUGCUCCUGGAUGGAACCCUAGUGGUGCGUUCAGAGACCCUCUUGGACCUGGGAACUCAGGAAUACAAGUGCCAGAAAAGAAGAAGGAUUUGUACUGGUAUUGAGAACAGGCUGUCUGUAUGGUACUGAAAGAAAAACAGAACCAUCCAUUAACCUGAACAGCUCAACACAGGGCAUUCACACUGUAAUCACUUAGCUCAAUGGAGCUCAAAUAAAGCCAAGCAGAAAGCCAGCCUGGGUGAAACUGGCCCUCAUUACUGCUCAAGCCAGAAAUAUCAUCUUCUCGUGCUACGCUCAGCACUUGCAACGAACGUUGUUGCAGAUACUUAACUGAAAGUGCUCUCGCUGGAGCAAACUAUCUGGCUGAACAAUCACACCUUCCUAACCAUCAGGCACUUGCUCUGUGUGGGAAAACCUGUUUGAGAACUGGCUUGUCACUCUCAGAGUCACUGUACCAAGGGAGGAUGGAGGACUGUCAAAAUGCCGGCAAGUUCUUGAGAAAUCAGCCUUGGGGGGUGAGGGGAGGGGGGGGAAGAGUGAACGGAAUGUCCUUUCUUAAAAGUGAGGAGAUUUGCUCAAAAGGUUGCUUUUCCAGCAAGGUAUGCUUUAUGCUGUGAAAAUGUGGCGAUUCUGAAAUCCAAACAUUGGAAGACUAGAGCAUAUCAGAACUGUGAAAGUACAGUGCAUGACACAAAAAGCUCAGUAUUUUUGGUAUACUGGCUAUAAUUUUUCUGUUGUACCACCAAAGUCCCUGGUUUUGAUAUUCUUUUUCUAAGGCUUUCUUUUUUCAAUAAAAAAACAAUUAGAAGAGGCAUGCCUUCUGGGGUAAUUAAACCUUUGUGAAUAAUCAUUGCACAAUAUAGUUAAAAUAUGUUUUUAAUUAUGGAACACCUUGGUAUGCUUCAAUGCCUUGUGGUCCACAGUUAGGUAUGAAUAUUCCUGUAAUGUAUUGAUGCUGAUGUUUUGUCAGAGAUGUACCGGUUCCAUGCAUGGGUUAGCAUGCCUUAUGAAUAUGAUAGGCUGUAUUCUGACCCCAUGACCCUCUUGCCUUUGUGAUGACACAUUCAUUCUGGGUCUCACAUGCACUUCGUUAAUAAGAGGUAGAAAAGAGUUUACAUGUAAAACUGUAUGUUGUAAUGGUGAAUAUUUGGAUUUAUGGUUUGUUUUAUAACACUGUUAAAAAGAAUUAACAUAUAAAAAUGCAUCAUUCCAGGGUAUAACUGAAAUGGCAGGUCCACAUGCACACAUGUUAGUGUUAUGUUUAUAUUGUGCUAUGCUGUUAUGCUCAAACUAGUGUAUAGAGAGUGCAACUGUGUUAGGUUUAUAGGAUUUGGAGGGGGAAGGGUUUCAUGGGCAUUUAAUUUGUUUUAUUAUGCAUUAAAAACAUUAUUUACUGUAUUCUGCUGAAUAACUUCUGUUACAAUAAUUGAA